AGACUUUUAUUUUGAAACAUAUUUGGUCAAUUUAUCCUGUUUCAUUUGGUUCGUGUUUAGUUUUAUUAGUUCCGCGGCAGCGGCGGCAGGAGCAGGACUGUGAGCACGGUUCUGUUACCGUGGAAGGGGCCGGAGAUGGCGGAGUACAGUCAGACGGGUAUAUUAACGGCCCUGCUGCUGUUUACUGUGGUAACUGUGAAGGAUAUUUAUGUGGGCCGCAACAGCAUGACUCAACAGGACAGCACUGGACCCGACCUGCAAACACAGAGACAGAACAAACACACACUCUACACGGGUCCGGUUCUCAAGUUCCAGUACUGUAUAUCCUGAGGGUACAGUAAGGUGUUCCAGGAGUACUCCCGGUCCAUCAGCCAGCUGUACCCGGACAUCCGAAUCGAGGGAGAGAAUUACCCUCCCAAACCCAUCAACAAAUACAUUGGAAAUUUCAUCUCCUACUUCAAACUGCUUGCCAUCGCCUUGAUUGUGACUGGACAAAAUCCUUUCCAAAUGUUUGGAAUGAACACUCCAAGUAUAUGGUCCUGGGGACAGGAGAAUAAGAUAUUCUCCUGCCUCAUGGCAUUCUUCAUUAGUAACAUGUUGGAGACCCAUUUCCUCUCGACAGGAGCUUUUGAGAUUUCAUUGAAUGAUGUACCAGUUUGGUCCAAGUUGCAAUCAGGAUAUGUGCCCAGCAUUCAGGAACUUUUCCAGAUCUUGGAUAACCACCUUAAGAUGAAUCAGGUUGACAAGAUGAACUUUCCCUCACCAUAGUGAUGUUGUUUUUGCCAAGGGACGGUCUCCGGAGCUGUUUCUCUGGUCAGUGGGACUGUGGAUUGUGGCAUAAUGAAGGCCUGCACUGCAAACAGCUCGCUGUUAGUACAGGCUCGAUGCUCAGCCACCACAAACACUCUUUCUGCCCAGCGACACACACCUUUGGAUUGACUACAUCUCUUCAGAGCAUUUAACGCGUAUUCUUAGUGUGAAAGACAUGUGUGAGCUAAAGGCACUACAAUACAUUUUUUAUGCUGAAGUUUUUUUUUUUUUUUAAUCAGGAUUCUGUUUGUAACAAGUGCUUUUAGCUGAAAUUGAAUGGAAUGCUCCAUCUUUCUCAAGGGCAACUGUGAUGUUAUCUUAACGUAGAUGUCUUAAAAUUACCUUUAACAUUAUUAUUUGUUUGCACUGGUGUAGACUGUACUGUACUCUGGGUAUUGGAUUUUUUUUUUAUUAGUGGGUUUGUUUGCGUACUGCAGAAACAUGCAGUUUUGUUAGUGAGCUAUCGGUUUUUUUUUAAUGCUUGAAAUUGUAAAUUUUUUGUCCUGUUGUCACAGGUUUGCUGGUUAGAUUCAUAAGUACAGCAUGUGCUUGUGGAGGGAAUUAAGGCCAGAUCUUCCUCUCUUCUGCUUAAACUUUAACCGUAUACAUUAGCACUGCCAGAGUAAUCUGUGAAAUCAGCGUAACUCUUCAGAUCUCUGCAGUCGGUGCGAUUGAGAGUGUUGCAUAUCAGAAGACCAUAUAUGAAUGGUAUUUCCAAAGAUUCCCGCUAUUUUUCCAGCUCUCCAUAUAGAUGUGACAGUAAGCAAUGUACCCCUUACAUUUAAGUGUACCUCUCUGUGAAUUUGUAACAAAUGUGAUACUAAUAGUAGGCAUUAAGUUGCUUCGAGAGAAUAAAUUUUACUCUUAUUUCACAGUGAUGUAAAAUAAAGAUUAAUAUAUAAAAUGUAA